AUGAGGAUGCUGCUAUGCUUUCUUGUCUUGUCUGCUUUGGAUCUCGUGGCCUGGGGGGAUUCCCUAGAGUUGUCCUUGAAUGAGACCCAAGCCAGGGGGCUGUCACAGGAGCUUCUGGACCUGUUUGUUGGCAUCUCACAGCUUAUUCACACAGGUCUCAAUGGUGCACCCACCAUCGUCUCCCGCAAGGAGUGGGGAGCCAGAUCCCUGACCUGCAGGGCCCAGCUGACGCGGCCCGUGGCCUAUGUCAUCAUGGACCAGAUCACAGGGAUGGAAUGCGAGGAGCAGAACGCGUGCAGUCAGAAGCUGAGGGGCCUGCAGUCCCGUUCCGUCUACACCAAGGGCUGGUGUGAUGUGGCCUACAACUUCCUGGUUGGGAACGAUGGCAGGGUGUAUGAAGGCGUGGGCUGGACCAUCCAAGGCAUGCACACCCAGGGCUACAACAACGUCUCCCUGGGCCUCGCCUUCUUUGGGAAUAAUCUAGGCAGCAGUCCCAGCACCACUGCCUUAUCAGCUGCAGAGGACCUGAUCUUCUAUGCCAUAAAGAAGGGUCACCUAUCACCCAGGUAUAUUCAGCCGCUUCUCUUGAAAGCAGAGAGCUGCCUGGUUCCUCAUCAGCCACUGACGCCCAGGAAAGCUUGCCCCAACAUCAUCACAAGGUCAGCUUGGGGAGCCAGACAGACACACUGCCCUUCAAUGGCCCUGCCAGCCAAAUAUGUUGUCAUCAUCCACACUGCUGGGGCAACCUGCAACGUAUCCAUGGACUGCCGGAUCCGCGUCCGAGAUAUACAGUCUUACCACAUGGACACACAGAACUUCUGUGACAUCGGAUAUCACUUCCUGGUGGGCCAGGAUGGUGGUGUGUAUGAAGGAGUUGGCUGGCAUACCCAAGGCUCUCACACAUAUGGAUACAAUGAUAUUGGCCUAGGAAUUGCCUUCAUAGGCAACUUUGUAGAAAAACCACCAAAUGCUGCAGCGCUGGAGGCGGCUCAGAACCUGAUCCACUGUUCCGUGGUCAAGGGGCAUCUGGUCCCCAACUACCUGUUGGUGGGGCACAGCGAUGUGACUGAUAUUCUGUCUCCUGGACGGGCUUUGUACAACAUCAUUAAGACUUGGCCUCAUUUCAGACAAUGA